UUUAUUUUAUUUUAUUUUGCCUCUAUUUUUUUUGUUUCACCAAAAAAUUCCGCGAAAUCUCUGAAAAAAAUCCCCCAAUUCCGAAAUCACCCUUUCAUGGAGAACACAUCGGAGCAAGGAUCUCGGGAACAUCUGAUCCACCGGGAGACCCGACCAAGCGCGAUCAACAAACCGCCGGAGUUUCAUGCGUCGCGGUUCACCUUCAUGAGCAUCGUGCUCUGGUUUGACCAGUCGAAUCGCGGCACGGCUCUGCUCUCGUGGUCCGUCUUCUUCCUCCUCGUCGUCGGCGUACCGAUGAUCUCCCACUUCAUGCUCGUCUGCUCCGACUGCGAUUCCUAUCACCGACGUCCGUACGACGCCGUUGUACAGCUUUCUCUUUCGGUUUUCGCCGGAAUCUCGUUCGUUAGCCUCUCGCUUUGGUCGAGGAAGUUUGGGAUGCGAAAGUUUCUGUUCCUCGAUAAGCUCUGGGAUGUUAGCGACAAGGUUAGGAUCGGAUACGAAGCUGAAAUCCAGAGAUCACUGAAACGGCUAAUGAUCUUCGUCCUCCCAUCACUAACACUCGAAGCCAUCUACAGAAUCUGGUGGUACAUCUCUGGCUCAAACCAGAUUCCUUACAUCAUCAACCCUGUUCUAAGCCACGUCAUCGCAUGCACUCUCCAGCUCUCUUCUUGGCUUUACCGUAACGCCAUCUACAUCACCGUCUGCAUCCUCUACCAAAUCACAUGCCAUCUUCAAACUCUCCGUCUCGACGAUUUCGCACGCUGCUUCGCCUCCGAGAUCACCGACGUUGGCUCAGCUCUGGCCGAGCAUCAAAAGAUCCGUCGUAAUUUGAGGAUUGUUAGCCAUCGUUUCAGGAGAUUCAUUCUUUUGUCUUUGGUUCUUGUUACUGCUACUCAGUUCACUGCUUUGCUUACCACCACGAGAGCUAGUGUUGCUGUUAACAUCUAUGAAGUUGGCGAGCUCGCGUUGUGUUCGUUGAGUUUGGUUACAGGAGUGUUCAUAUGUUUGAGAAGUGCGACGAAGAUAACUCACAAAGCUCAAUCUGUAACCAGUCUUGCAGCUAAAUGGAACGUUUGCGCAACUGUAGAAUCGUUCGAUAGUCUUGAUGGAGAAACUCCUACAGCUUCAAUGAUUGAGUCUCAAAUCUCGCCAUGUGGAAAUGGGAUGGAUUCAUCUGAUGAAGAAGGAGAAGGAGACGAUGAUCUCGACAAUACCAAGAUACAUCCUAUCUACGCCAAUACCAUUUCUUAUCAAAAACGUCAAGCUCUAGUGACAUAUCUAGAGAACAACAGAGCUGGGAUCACAGUGUAUGGAUUCCUUGUGGAUAGAUCAUGGCUGCAUACGAUUUUCGGCAUUGAACUUGCUCUUCUUCUUUGGUUGCUCAAUAAAACAAUCGUGAACAUACCAUGAAAUAAAGUGGUUUAUAAAUACAAUACACAUAUAGGAUUGAAUCGUUUUGGCAUUAUGUUUCUUUCGAAGAUAUGACGAAGAGCAGUAGAGAUUUUUCACGGUGGUGUGGCGAUGAUAUAUAUGUCUCUCUUUCUCCUUAUUUGUUUUGACUACAAAUCUAGAUAUAUGACAACUAAUUUUGGUUCAUCGAUAGAGACAAACAUGUACGUGAUUAUAAAUAUAUAUAUAUAAAUACUAUGUAUCUUUCUGUAUAGAAGUCUGAUAUGUUUUGAAUGUAUCUUUCUGUAUAGAAGUCUGAUAUGUUUUGAGUUCAUUUGAAGAUAUGAAUCGAAGUCAAAGUUACU